AUGCCUGUCGUGGAUAGUGCUUCAAUUCCACCAAUUGAGAUAGGAACAUUCGAUGCAUUCCAUCCACAAAACAGUGAAUUUACCGGCAGCUCGAGUGGUGUGUUCUUCGUAAACACAGUAUUUCGUGCGUUCGCAAAAUUCAGUCAAGGUACAACGGGCAGUGCCCCGACCGCAAACUCUUUUAAACCGGCAUCAGUCGAUGGUUUCAUCGGCACCGCAGAAUCAAACCAGGAGCCAGUUGUUGAAAAUGCGAGCUCGCAACUAGACGGCGCAUCUACCACGCAUCGUGGGGGAGAGCGUCCAACGUUGGGGCUCCAAACUUAUGGGAUCAGUGUGCGUGGACUUGGCAAUCCUCCCGACCCGACUCUGGCCAAACAAUUAGUUAUGCUUUACUUUGAGCAUUGGCACCCGUUUUUCCCUUUUCUCCAUGGACCGACAUUUUUUGAUGAUCUGAGUGCCUUCUACGACAACACGCUUCCUGAUGUUCAGGAUGCAUCCUGCGAACGACGUAGGCGCAUGAGGCUAUGUCGAGCAGUCACCUAUCAAUGCAUUUUUAAUAUCGCCGCAGCAGCUCAUCCGCGAGGACUGCCUCCUACCGCUUGCAUCCAAUCGCCAUUGGCUUUGCUAGAGGUGCUUGGGAUUCUCUCCGUUGAUCGUGAUCUGGCAUCACUUCAAGCUCUGAUGGCGGCAGAGCUGUAUCUCGUGACGAUUAUGUCCCUGAGGGCUGCAUCCACAAUUCACGGGACAUUGACGCGACUCAUCUACCAUUCAGGCCUCCAUCGUUGCCCGUUUCGCUACAUUCAAUUACCACGAGAUGUGCGCGAGAUGCGCAAACGAAUUCUCUGGUGUGCUUAUACACAUGACCGAUAUUUGAGUCAAUCUUUGGGCCACCCUCUAGGAUUGCAGGACUCAGACAUUGAUGUUUGUAUGCCUGGCACCGAGUUACACAAACCUGUUGACACUAGCCAUUGCCGAAUGUCUCCUCAGGCUUCUCCGGUCAAUGACAUCAACAGUCAUCUACCGAGUGACCACCCCAGCGCAAGCGCUGGAGAUGCCGAAAAUGUAGGAUCAUCAACGGAAUUGCCACAACAGCCUCGUGUCAACUCCAGCGCAAAUGGAACAUUGACUAAUAAUCAGGUUCUUCGCAAUUAUCAGGGCAGUGGAGGAUCUGCUGUCAAUGUACAAGAACAAUUUGCCAAGUAUUCACAACUCGUCGCUGAAGCCCUUGAACUAUUUCACAAAUCAUUACAUGCUCGCUCGAUCACUCGCGCUAGAAUUACAGAGCUGACAUUCAAAAUAAAUUCGUGGUGGAACGGCCUCCCUGGGGGCUUUCAAGUGGAAGAAGAUCUGAUUGGAGAGACACAAACAUCUAAGCCGUCCUAUGCCGCCUUCUUCGCCAUCUCGUACCAUCAUUUACUCAUUCUCAUCAACCGUCCUUUUCUGUCUCUUCCGAUACAUACCAUGGAUUUUCGAUCGAGUUUGCAAUGUGCUAUUACAGCAAGUCGCGACUUGAUUUCCAAGCUGAAACAUGUCGUCAACGAUCCAUUUUUAAUGAACUACCCUGUCAUACUCUCGGCAGUUUGGAUGGCGGGACUGGUACUUGCUUUUGCGACAUUGCUUGACAUGUAUCCCCUGUCAAAAUCAACUGUGCCAUUUUUUCGUAGUGAAAUCACCAAGUGCUUGAAAACACUUCAGUUGAUGGGUGUAAAAUGGCCUAGCGCGAAACACUGCCACAAUGCAAUGAAAAGGCUUCUAAGUCGAUUGAACGAUCAACCAGUAUCAGACAUGGAACGGCAGGCGCUGAUGCCAACCAUUGAACAGUCGCGAACCAUGGAGCCUGGAACAUCGGCUGUGCAAGUGCAGGCCUCCGGAGAGCCACGCGGCACCAAAAGGCCAAGAGAGCAAAAUGAGACGCAAGUAGAAAUCUCCAGCAGGAGAUCUGGAAACCACGCGAGCGAGUCUAGCGGAAACGCUUCCUUGUUGCCUGAAUGGGCACCCAUUGCUCAGUAUAACGGACCAGACUUUGGCUUCGACGCAUUACAGUUCGACAUCCAACCAGGCGAGGACCAAAUCCUUAAUGCCCUCGAUCUGAAUCACACAGGACUAUUUGAUGAUAUGGGUUGGCAAGACUUCAGCAGCGGGUGA